AUGCUGCACACUCGAAGUGGCGUCACGUUAUCUCUGCUCCUGCUUGCGUUCACGCUCUCUCCUUACCAGUAUGCUGUAGCUCAAAUCAACGUGCUAUCAUAUCCUGAACAUGCCGCCUCCCCAGCAUCUCCAGCGCCCACAGUGGCGCAGGACGCGACGAGGGCCUCAUCAUCUGGCAACACUGACCAGAAACCUGCGCCUCGUAUGGCCCCCCUUUCAUUUUCGAGCCUGGAUUCCAGCACACAUGGAUCCCUAGAUACUAUAGACGCCGUGGUGACGGCUACCGACGUUUCUAUCGACCAGGUCGAGGAGCAUAUCCACAUUGUGCAGCAACUAGAGCUUUCGGUAGUGAAAAGUCUGCAGGAAAUGGACACAGGCGACCAGUUUGCCAAGUACACGCAGGCCCAGCUUCGCGAGAGACAGCACUUGAGAGAAGAGCUACAGUUAGUGCAGAGAAACCUCAAGAGACUCGCUUUAGGUCUCAACGGAACGUUGUUGGAGCUCGAACACGUCGAGCAGGAGGAGGUGCUGCAGUCCAAGAAGCUGAAAGAGGUGUUGGCUCAUCAGGAAGAAGAGGAGAGAGAACAGAAACUGGAGAAGAAUGGCAUCAAAGAAGUAGACUACGAGACAGGACACUUGAAGAACACGACGGGGCUGAAUGCUGAGCAGUUGAAGAAGCUGGAAGAGGUGGAGAAGAAGGCGGAUCCAGCUGUGUUACACUACGAUAUGGAGCUGCUGGCGCAAGUGGCUGUGCUGCUAGGAGUCUCGGCGAUUGGAGGGAUUAUUGCUACGUACUUUAAUAUCCCUCCUCAUGCAGGGUAUGUUCUGGGUGGGGCGCUCGUGGGACCGUCGUGUCUGGGUGUUGUGAGACUGUACAAGGAGGUGGAGACGAUCUCACUCUUCGGCUCUAUAUUCCUGCUAUUUGGACAUGGAGCAGCGUACUCACCGCAGCAGCCGGAGGAUAUCUUCAGGAAGUAUUUUGUCGGUGGCGUGGCGUAUAUCUUGUCUACUGUGCUGCUGGUUGCUGGUGUGGCGGUCUACAUCGGAUGGACGCAUUCGUUUAUUGAGGGGUUGAGUAUUGGCUUGGGUGUGUGCUUUUCGACGACUGCGCCACUUUACGAACACAUUCGGGAGAAUCGGAUCCAGGACUCUUCCUUCGGGCGGACGGUCACGUCGAUUAUCGCGAUCCAAGAUUUGUUAAUGAGCUUUGCUCUAGGCACGCCCGAGUGGUUUUCCGUACGCUCAGUCGGAUGGAUUGGUGUCGCCAUGGUACGAACUAUUGUGGCCUACGCUGUGGUAGUCAGCAUGACCGUAUGUCUGCACCAAUACGUAGUGCCGAAGCUGCUGCGCUUUUUGACUGCCAUGGAGGAAGUACACAACGCUCCUUUGGUUCUGUUAGGAGUGGUGUCUGUGUGUCUGUUCAUGGCACUUUUCUCUGAGAUGAUUGGUCUUUCACUCGAGUGUGGGGCUUUUCUAGCUGGUCUUGCUUUCGUGCACGUGUCUGGGAAUGCCAAGGCUGCGUUCAUGUCGAUCCGGGUGAUGGAAAACUUGUUCGGCAGCAUGUUUUUCGCCUGUGUGGGUAUGAUUCUGCACCCAAUGUUCCUGAUCCGGAACGCUGGCGAGAUCUUGUCCAUGGUGUUGCUGAUCGUGGGGAUUAAGACAGUGUCCAUGACUGGAGUCAUGACCUUCUUUCGUAUCAGUCCUCGCAAGGCUCUCAUGGCUGCUGUUGGUCUCUGUCAGAUUGGAGAACUUGCGCUCAUUUUCAUGAUUAAGGCUCACGCAUCGAAGCUUGUAUCGCGUCGGACGUACCUGCUCUUUGUGGCUGCCAUCUCCGUCUUCCUCGCUUGCUCGUCCGUCUUCAAUCGCAGAAUCGUACUCGCACGUCGAAAAUCGAUUUACCGGUUACCGUCAACACGAGGCAAGCCAAUGGAACGACAUCGAAACUCAAGUGACGUUCUAGAUCUUCACGUCGACUCAAGACAACGCGCAGGCUCCAGUGGCGUCUGCAUGGAUUCAGGUGGAGAAGAGGACGCAUUCUCUCCAACCUCAAGAGUGCGGCGUCAAGCUUCAAAAUCUUUCGGGGAUUAG